UCACGUUUACAUUGAAGGACAAAAGGAAGAGCGAGCAUGUAAAGUCUAUGUCCCGGGUACCGGCUACCAUGCCACACAAAAAUAUUGGUGCCUGUCAUGCACGACAGCGGGAAGAGCUUUAACCUGGGGCUGGCAAGGUUAAAAAUAUAAGGAGGAAGCAAAGAAAGAUGCUGCUGUGGGGAGCCACAUAUCCCCUACCUCAGCGUUGGUCCACCAGCUCGAGCUGGACAGCUGUGCCGCUGACAAAGCUGAGAGCUCCAACUCUGCACUGAGCUUAGGGCACUGCAGCGCUAUACGGAUACUUCUCUGAUCGACACGACGUCACAGAGAGGGGGGGGAAACGCUCUCUCUUUUUCUCUCAUUCCAGGGAGUGAGAGAGCGCGCUCGAAAGCAGGAGAGAGCGACGGAGAAAAAGGCAGAGAGCGGGCAAUCUCUCUCCAGUGAACGGGCUUUUUUAAAGAGCUGCCUCUGUCACUGGUCCUCACCUACACCUUCCCUGGACUUGAGUCAUUCACUCCUUCAAGAAGAAACUAAAGGAUUAUUGGGAACUGUGCAAAGAAAAAAGCUCCAGCCGUCGUUGAGCGCGAGUGCGUGGGGACAAGGAACACGGAGCUUCUUAAGGAAAGAAAUGCGCUAAUGACCGCAGUGUCACAGUCUUUCAGCUGGACAAGGCAUUGACAAAUCAAGCGGACAAAACAUACUAGAUGGAGCGGACAUAAAAACAUGUGUGAGCGUUCCUCUUUGGAGACACAGGCAUUUAGUGGCGGCAUCAAGCGGAGGUAUCCAAGGACAAGCAUCUGUGGAUAGUGCGGGAACGAGCUCUUCUAUUAGAGCGAAACUGGAAUGGUACUCUUGCCUAAAACUCUAAGGCCCUGCAGAGCCAAUACGCUUUUCUUCGGAUGGUUCUUUGUGGAUUUAUAAGGGGCCAUUUUGGCAUUCAUCUCUUUUCUGACAAAUGAAUAAAGAGAAGGCUUUGCUUCUCCUGGGAAUAUAGGACUUUGAGGAAAUUAAUUAUCUGCAUCAAUUUUGAGAUUGCAAAACCUUUGAGGUAGGUGUCCAGACUUUCCAAACCUUUUCAUAUUUUAAAACACAUAAUCCCCUUUAUAACUGUCAUUAUCCACGGCUUUUCACUCCUCCCCCAUUACUGUAUUAGUUGCCAAUGAACUUUCAGUCUCCAGUUCAGUAAAUGGAAAAACAAUCUAGAGUGUUGUUUAACCCAGGGUAGGGCUUCAUUAGCGAGGAGGUGAACCCCUCCCCUUCCCCCACUUACUACCCCCUUCUCCCCAACCACCAUCAUCACCCCACGCCCCCCCAGACGAUGCUGAAUUAUGAAUGUGCCACAUCAUGAGUCUCCUGGGGCGGGUAGCUGUGCGUCGAGCCAGGAAAGCCGCCCUGCUCUGUGUCCUGUUCCUCAUGGUUCAAGUGUGCGUGGACGUGGCGGCCGCGGCAGGGCCCCAGGGCUGCCCGACUGAUUGCUCCUGCAACAACCAGCUCAGCAAGGUGGUGUGCACAAGGCGUGGACUCACUCGUGUGCCACCGGGUAUCCCUACCAAUACCCGGCACUUAAACCUGAUGGAGAACUCCAUUGAGUCCGUACAGGCUGACUCUUUUCGCAACCUCCAUCAUCUGGAGGUGUUGCAGUUGGGUCGCAAUGCUAUUAGACAGAUAGAAGUGGGUGCCUUCAGUGGACUGACCAAUCUCAACACGCUGGAACUUUUUGAUAACAGGUUAACUGUGGUGCCAAGUGGAGCGUUUGAGUAUCUGUCUAAGCUGCGAGAGCUGUGGCUGAGAAAUAACCCAAUUGAAAGUAUUCCUUCUUACGCAUUCAACCGAGUGCCCUCCCUAAUGCGACUGGACCUGGGUGAACUAAGGAAACUGGAGUAUAUCUCUGAUGGGGCUUUUGAAGGUCUAAUCAACCUCAAGUACCUCAACCUGGGGAUGUGCAACAUUCGAGGUGAGAUGCCCAAUCUGACCCCUCUGGUCGGGCUAGAGGAGCUGGAAAUCUCAGAGAACCUCUUUUCGGAGAUUAAACCGGGCUCAUUCAGAGGACUGACUUCACUCAAAAAGCUAUGGAUCAUGAACUCUCAAAUAGGGGUAAUUGAACGAAAUGCAUUUGAUGACCUUUCCUCUUUGGUGGAGCUGAACCUGGCCCACAACAAUCUCAGUUCACUGCCCCAUAACCUUUUUUCCCCCCUAAAAUACCUAGUGGAGCUCCAUCUUCACCACAACCCGUGGAACUGCGGCUGUGACUCACUUUGGCUUGCACGUUGGCUACGUCAGUUCAUACCCACCAACUCGACGUGCUGUGGACGAUGUCACUCCCCUGCACACAUGAGGGGCCGGCAGCUGGUUGAGCUGGACCGGGGUGACACAGGGGCAAUGCAGUGCUCCGCCCCUUUCAUCGCUGACGCCCCAAGAGACCUGAACAUUUCCGCUGAACGUUUGGCAGAAUUGCGAUGCCGAACAGCAUCCAUGUCUGGUGUACGAUGGCUCCUACCAAACGGGACUAUUCUAACUCAUGCAUCAAGCCACCCACGGAUAAGCGUGCUAAAUGAUGGGACUUUAAACUUUUCAAAUGUGCUAGCAGGUGACACGGGCAUGUAUACCUGCAUGGUGUCCAACGCAGCUGGAAAUUCCAACGCGUCAGCCUACCUAAAUGUAAGUGCAGCUGAGCUGAACACGUCGAACCUCAGCUACUUCAUUACGGUCACAGUGGAGGUGCUUAGCCCCACAUCAGAAAUGCCCAAGACCAAAACCACCACAACCACAGCAGGAGCCAGCGCCACCACCACGGCCUCCCCAUCCGUCUUUCAGCCAGUUUUCAUCUCAACGCCGACAGUCCUUCUCCAGAGUACUGACACUCCACCAAGUCGCCCAUCUGCUGUACCUGGCUCAAAAGCGACAACAGGAAAGCCGCCCAAGCCAGCCAGCACCAGUUUGGAUGAGGUGAUGAAGACAACAAAGAUUAUCAUUGGUUGUUUUGUGGCAGUCACCCUGCUUGCAGCAAUCAUGCUAAUUGUAUUUUAUAAACUGCGAAAACGGCAUCAGCAAAGGAGCACAGUGGCUGCAGCCAGAUCUGAGGAAAUUGUUCCAGUGGAGGAAGAAUUGCCACCAUCAGCUUCUGCUGCCAAUAUACCAGGAGAGGGGGCAUUGACUCUGCCAGAGAUAAGGGAUCAUAACAGUAUUUACAAACUGGACUACAACACCCACAAAUCUGACUACAGCUACAAACCAAAACCAGAUUACAGUACCCAUAAAACUAAACAGGAUUUCAGCAUCUACAAACACAAGUCAGACUACAACACCUACAAGCCUAAGGCGGACUACAUGUACCAACCUACUCUGGAAUACAGCGCUCACAAAUUAAUGGACUAUUCACACAAGUCAUUGCCAGAUUACCACAUACAUAAAAAACCUGAUCAGAGUCCCUACAAAGCAGGAUAUAAUACUCAAAAACCUGACUACAAAUCUCACACUCCAAAACAAGACUCCAGCCCAUUCAAACCAGACUACGGCGUUCCGAAAUCCAAAACUGACUACAGUAUGCCUAAACCCAGGACCGAUUACAGCCCCAUCAAGACAGACUGCAGCCUUUUCAAACCAAACUACGGUGCAUUUAAAGCAGAGUACAGCCCUCUCAAAGCGGAAUACGUAAGCUGUAAAUCGGACUUCAGCCCCCACAGGUCCAGAAUGGAUUACAGUCCUCACAAAGUGGACUACAGCCCGUAUAAACUCGACUACAGCACCAUGAAGCCCAAAUACAACACUUACAAGCCACCAGGCCAUGGGGCCAGAUGGACAGAAAGUAACAGUAUUGGAAAUUCUCUGCCUCGAACCUUGCCCAGUGCCAUUACAGCUGCUCCAGAGGCUCUUGUCAUAAAAACUCACAACAAGGAAAAAGUACAAGAGACUCAGAUAUAGUCCGCCCCCCUCCCCCUCAACAAAUCACAACAUCAGCCAAAAUCUCCUCUCUCUCCCCAUUAUAAUGUUAUCCUUGCACCGUCAUGAAAACAUGCAAUAGAAUGCACAAAGAGAAAAAAGACAGGAACGACUUAUUUUGUACAGAGUGCAAACCCUUCAGAGACUGUUUCUUGAUGUACAUGCUUCUAAAUAAAUAUAUAUGGAAAAACUGAAACUACCAUUGGCUGGUAAUAGAGAAGCAGAUUAUAUUAAAAAAAUAAACUGAAAUUAUUUUCUAACUUAUAAAUCCUAUUUAAAAGACGAAUUGUUUUAAGAUGCUGUGCUGAAUUUAAGACAUGAGGGUAGUCUUGUUUAAAAAGGGCAUUCUGUGUGAUUUCUAAACAAUGCUACAGAGAAUGCAGUAAAAAUACAAAAAAGAACAUUUAUACUGAGAAUUCUUUCUAAACAAAACAGAAAAAAGGUCAAUGUCGAUCUUUACAGGUUUAUCUUGUAAAAGCACCAUGAAUUUGUACUGUGCCAAAUGUUACAAAUGCAAUAAAAAGGAUUUUUGGAAGAAAAGAACAAAAAAAGAAAGACCGAUUUAGAUUUUUAUUUUCCUUUCUCUUGAUGUACUGUUGCGAUCAGCCAAUUGCUUUAGACACUGCAGUAGGACUCACUGCAGUUCUGCUUUAACCCUCACAGUGCUGGUUGCCGGUCAAGUCUAAAAGGCAGGGCAGAUUCUGUUUUAGCCCUUUUCAAUUUCUUUUGUAUGGAUUCUAGUCUUACA